AUGGCUUGGGAUAAAACUGCUUAUAGCAUCUUGAUGAGAAGUGUAAAAAGUUUGAGUGCAAGUUCCUGGACAGGAGAUAGUUAUGAAGUGAGUGGUUUUGCACUAGCCAUAAAUCUGUGGGCAAUGUCAUCAGUGAAUGUGCUUGGUAAAUCUUUGGGAAAGCCAUGCGAGACAUCCUCUUCUUCAGAUCCGUUGUGUCUACAUUGGGACUCAACAAGAACUCCGACAAUAACUGAAGUGUUAGAGCUGGAGAAGAUAAACAAUUGGAUUUAUAGGGACUCCUUGAAAAGGUCCACAAAUCUGAAGUUGGUUGGUAAAGUUGAAAACCUUUUGGGCAAAGAAUUCAAGAAGCUUGAAGAUUCAUUCUUGGCUCCGGUAAUUAAGAUGGGAAGGAGGCAGAAGAAUAUGGCGUUUUCAAGGUAUUUGAUUCAUCACUUACUCUUAAGGAGAAUUGAUAUAUGCAAGAAGGGUUUGUGGUUUUCUUUUGGAGAACAACUAAUGAGGUUUUCUCUAAGAGAAUUCCACUUGGCAACGGGUCUGCCUUGCGUUGUUGAUAAAGAUGAAGAUGAAGCGGAGACUUCAGCAACAAAAAAAAAAAAAGAUCCAUGGAUGAACAAGAAUCAAACUCUAAACACCUUGCUUAAACUACUUGUGGAAAAGAGUACAGAGCUUACUACUGAUCAGAGAUUAAGAUUGGGAGCUACAAUCCUUGUGGAAGGGAUAUUAAUGGCAAGCAAUCCGGUGACAAGUAUACCAGAAGAGCGUCUGCUUAGAGCUAGAAAUUUCAAAGAGUUUUGCAAGUAUCACUGGGGGAAUUUGGCCUUUGAUUAUUUACUGAAAGAAGUGAAGAGCUUUACCUAUAAAAAGCUGACGGAGAAUAAUCAGUAUGUGAUUUGUGGCUUUAUAUAUCCAAUUCAGCUAUGGGCGUUAUCUUCUGUGAAUCAACUAGGCACGUUCUUUGGUAUUACAGAUGAUGAAAUUCAGUUUCCCUUGUGCUUGCAUUGGACAGAAACCAAACCGCUUACUAUUGAAGAGGUUAACAGAUUUGACCAAAUGGAGAAGGUUGAUGUCAAAUGUAUCCUUGGAGAUCCCGAAUUGCAUAGCGACUUGGUUGAAGAUGUUGACUGUGAAUUUGGAAGAGUUGUUGAUCUUUUCAAAAGAGGAUAUCGUUUGAAGAGACAAGAUUGGCUCAAUGGAAGUAUCGACAUUGCCGUUGCUGAAGCUGAAGUGGACGAAAAUAAUUCUGUUCCUGGGAUUGAUGCAACUGAUCAUGAAAAGAUUGAAUUCCUCACUAAGAAGGUAGUGUCUCUUGAAGAAAGAGUGAAGUACCUUGAAGGUCUUUUGAACAUUCGUGGAGAAACAGUGAAGGUAAAUGGACAAAAUGCCGAUUAUGAACUUGAUGAAACAGAACUUUUACAAGAUUAUAUAGAUGCCAAAAGAAAGGAAAUCGCUAAGAGAAACAAGAAUGGUGUAAGACCUCCACGUGAAGUAGACCAUCAAGAUGAAGAUGAUACAGAUGUCGAAGUCAAUGAAGAACAGCCACAAGAAGUAGAGGAACAACAAGAAGAAGAUGAUACAGCAGUCGAUGUGGACGUCAGUGAUAAAGAAAGUGAAAAUCCGGAAACCAAUGAAGAUGGAGAAGUAAAUGAGGAUGCAUCUGAAAAGCCCGUGAAGGGUACAAAGAAACGUGGAAGAGGAACUAAGGAUGGAGAAGUAAAUGAGGAUGCAUCUGAAAAGCCCGUGAAGGGUACAAAGAAACGUGGAAGAGGAACUAAGGGAAAGAAGAAAGGUGUAACAUCCCCACGUGAAGUAGAAGAUGAUGCAGAAGUCGAUGCUAAAGAAACUGAAAAUCCAAAAACCAAUGAAGAUGGAGAAGUAAAUGAGGAUGCAUCUAAAAAGAACGUGAAGGGUACAAAGAAACGUGGAAGAGUAACUAAGGGAAAGAAGAAAGGUGUAACACCCCCACGUGAAGUACAACAACAAGUAGAAGAUGAUGCAGAAACCAAUGAAGAUGGAGAAGGGAAUGAGGAUGCAUCUAAAAAUCACGUGAAGUUUACAAAGAAACAUGGAAGAAGAAAUAAGGAACACAUCGUUGAAACCCCCAAAUCGAAAAAACAAAAGAAACAAUCUGAGAAAGAUUCAGCUGCUGAUGUGAUAGGAUGUGUUUUGGAAGAUCUGAAAAAAGCCGAUUAG